UUCCAUUUCCUUUUCUUUACUCCAACUCCUCUCUCUCUCUCUCUCUCUCUCUGUGACCAAUUUCUCACUGUUUCUUCUUGUUUUCUGCUGCACAAUAGAAUCAAUUUCUGACUUUUUAUUCAUCAACCCAUCUCUCUGUUUCUCAAUCUUCGCUGUUUGAAGUCGUAUAUAUUGAUUAUGCACAAUUUUGGGGAUGAAUUCACAAUAGAAAGCUACAGAAUCCCAUGGCUUGUAUGGAUCCAGGUGAUGGUGAUGAUCCUCCUCCUCAUUCUUCUCUUCUGCUUCAGCAUCUUAGUCUUAGAUCUCGAUGACCACAGCAACACCACCACCACCAGCAACAACAAGCCUUCAUCUUCUUCCACUAGCCGCUUAGUUGCUGAUGAUUUUCCCAAGCACAACACCUCAACCACAGCUUUUACACACCGCUUACAAAAUACCCAGGUAGAAGAAAGCAUAAAAGGGGAGAUAGUAGCAAGCACAACAAGUAGAAUAAUGAGAGGAGAGGACUUGUUAGAAAUGGAGGCCCCUACAGCAUUCCAUCUAUAUUUCCACCCUUGCUAUUAUUUUAGGCUGGCCAGACUUGCAUUUCUUAAAUGUCUGGGCUUGGACUUUGCCUCUGAGAGUUCUUCAACCCCACAAAGAGGAAAAAGAAGAGAAAGUUGA